CCACCAUCCCUUCUGCACCCUCAGCUGCAGUGAGGUGGGGCUGACCCCGUGGGGUCCCAUCUCAGCCCACAGCAUGCCCCUGCCACACGAGGUGGCUUGACUGGAGCCUGCACAGCAGGGAGGGGAGACUGACACUGGGAAGGAUACUUGUCGGUCACCCCAGAUUAGCCAUGGCAGUGGCAGGAAGGAGAGGCACUACAGCCUCUCCACACACCAGCAUCACCACCACGGCUUGGCCAGGCUUCCUGGACAGCUGGCUUAGCUGGAUCCCGUUACCCAAAUGGGCGCUCAUCACCGUGGCUGUGGCAGGGGCCAUUCUCCUCCUUCUCUUCCUCAUCUGCAUUGUCAAGUGCUGCUGCAGCAAGAAGAAGCCCAAGAAGAAGGAGAGGAUUGGCUUGUGUGCUGUCAGCAACUCCAGCACGACCAACCUUGUCCAGCCUGAGAUGGAGGACUUGGAGUGGGAAGUAGAGCAGAAGCGACGGGGAAAGCUGCAGUACUCCCUGGAGUACAACUUCCGCAUACAGGAGCUGAAAGUUGGUGUGAAGCAGGCAGUUGAGUUGAAGGCCAUGGACAGUGGAGGCACAUCUGACCCGUAUGUGAUUGUCUAUCUAACGUCCGAUAUGAGGAAGAGAUAUGAGACCAAGGUUUACCGCAAGACCCUGAACCCCAUCUUCAACGAGAGCUUCACUUUCCAGGUACCCCAGGCUGAGGUGUCUGAAUCCACACUGGUGAUGCAGGUCUAUGACUUCAACCGCUUUGCCAAGCAUGACAUCAUUGGUGAGGUCCGGCUGCCCCUGGCCAGUGUCAACCUGCAGCAUGUCAUCGAGCAGUGGAGUGACCUGGUGGUGGCCAGUAAAGUGGAGGAAGAGCAUCUGGGUGAGAUCUGCUUCUCACUGCGCUACGUCCCCAGCACGGGCAAGCUGACAGUGCUCAUCCUGGAAGCCAAGCAGCUGAAGCGGAUGGACUCUAAUGGACUCUCAGAUCCUUUUGUCAAGGUGCAUCUCAUACUGAACAGGAAGAAAUGGAAGAAAAAAAGGACAAGUGUGAAGAAAAACACCAUAAACCCUUACUUCAAUGAGGUGUUUGUUUUUGAGGUGCCUUUCAGUCAGAUCCAGAAUGUGGACGUGGUCAUCUCCGUCUGGGAUCAUGACAAAGUGACCAAGAACGAGCCCAUUGGCAAACUCUUCCUGGGCUGCCGAGCCACAGGCAACCAGCUGCGGCACUGGUCCGACAUGCUGUCCAACCCACGGCGGCCCCUCGCCCAGUGGCACAUCCUGCAGCCCCCAGACGUGGUGGACAAAGCCCUGGGACUGAAGUCCCACCUCAAGCUGCCCCUGCACUCCAGAUAGUGGGGGUCUCCUUCUCCACCCAGGGAGCAGGAUGGUGGGCUUGUGGAGGAGUGAUGGGCUUCUGCUCAGCAAGCUCUAGACAUGUUGGUCUCAGCUCAUUGUCAGCAAAGGGGGGACUGGGACUCCUUCAGCAAAGAGGGGACUGGGACUCCUUCUGGCCAAGAGAUGAUCUGGCUGCUGGUGCAGCUCAUGCUCUGUAAUGCCUGGGACAGGGCAGCUCAGCAUCCCAGGGCAAGGCUGGAUGUGGAGCAGAGGGUGCUAGAGGGGAUGGCAUGGGCACGGGAGCCAGCUCAUCCCAACUGCUUAUGGGCUGGGGGGGUGAAAUACACAGAGCUUCAGGCUCACGCGAAACAGAGUCCAUUGAUAUUUAUAAAGCAGAGGAUUAACAUGCCAGUGGCAUGGGUGGGAAGUUUCUUUAGUCAUGAAUAACUUGGCAAGAAAUGUGUUCUUGGAAAGGCUUCACGUGUCCUGUGAAGGAUUUUAAACAAGACCAAGGUAUUGAAGAAUGUAAGAGGCUUGAGAGAAGGAAUACAGGUGGAUGAGGAAGGUGUUGGAGAUGUCAGACUAGCUCUUUAGUGCCUCUGCAAUGUGUGUUCUGUCUGGGCUAGAGGAUAAAUGAAAAGCAAUGUGACUUCACACUUAGCCCACUCUCAGCCCGUGAUGAUUUGUGCACAGUAAGAUGUGGCUCAGGCUCUGGAACUCACCAGUGACCAUCCCCAUGGACCACACAUGAAGAUGCACAGUGUCAGCUCCA